AUGGCGGCUGAGCAGGCGUCCUUCUUGAAACCUUUCUUGAGGGGCCCCACGUCGGAAGGGUUCACCACCGCGCUCGAGCAGAUUGCGUGGGCCGGUCACACGAUGGUAGUGCGGUCCCUUUUUGAGCGUUUCGGCGAUACCACUCCGAAAAAGGCGGUUGUGGUUACUCUGGAAGCCGCGGCUUCCGCUCGCCGCGAGGAGACUAUAUUGGUAUUGCUCAAGAGAGUCGGCGAACGAAUGCAGGACCGAGAUCCCGCCGUUCUUUUAGGGUUCAGACGUCAACGCGGCAGCAUGGUCGUUGGCGGGCUUGCCAUCUAUGGUCGUUCAGUUGAUUGGUGCAUGGUCACAUUCGCAGCCAUAAUACGCCGUACGCCACAGGAAGGGACGAAUAAAAGCAUAUGGGCCGAAGCCUUGGAGCGCUGCUCUUUGACGGAUUGUGCGAUGACCGACCAAACCGCGAUCAUACGGGCAUGCGAUAUGCUUUGCUCCGCGCUCGGCGCCGCUGAGCGCGAUGAUACUGCAGAAUACGAUAGUGUGGUUCACUGUCUCCGGGGUCUGUUCGCGAGCUGCAAGGAAGGCGACAAUUCCCGAUGGAGACCGUCAGGCAGGCUUGAUCUCCUUCGGAUAUUACUCCGUGGAGUUGUCGAGACCAACGAUCAAAGCGACCCACGUGAUAGCUGGGACACCACCGUGAGUGAUCCCUGGGGAGAGAGACCCAUCCGAAGGGGAGAGGAUGGCGGCCGGCGAAAGAGGUGCGCAGCAGCUCUUACUAGCCAUCAAGGCAAAGAACCGAUGAAGGACCCGGAUGAAAUCUUAACCGCCCUAUUGGACUGGGAUGGAUUUCGCGACAAGUCCGACGGCGGGGAUAUUGUACCCCAAUGGAACGAUCGAGCCGAGAACUUUUUUGCUGAAUGCCUUGAACAAGCCGCACGAGAAAAUAGUCUUCCGGUUGUUCGAAUGUUGCGAAUAGGAACACCUGUUCCGGACCAUACGCUCUAUAGCUUGCUGGCGAAGUGCGAGCCAGUAACGCUGGAGGUUCUGUUGGACGAAGAAUCACGAACACAUUCGGACACCGACGAGGGCCACACCAUGCCCGCGAAUGCUACAUAUGGGAAGGACGCAGCAGCAGUCGCAGCAAUGAUUAAAAGGCCGCGAUGGUGCCACCGGCACGAGACGUUGAAUAAUUCUGAAUACGCUUUCUGGCCUGUCUUUUCGAUAUGCUCGGGCGAUGAUGGGUUGCGGUGCGGCCAUUAUCGCACUGAGCUGAGCAAUACGUGUUCCAUCGAUCCCCCAUACGACCGCAUUCUUUUGCCCUUCUCGUGGCUUGGGGUGGCUACAUCAAUGCCCGACAAUGAUCGAAGAUCGAAGAUCACUGCCGCUGUCGCAGCAUUGCAGGAAUAUAUAGCAGAAAAUGGCCGAGAAGUAUCUGGUGGAUGGGUUUGA